UCUUUUGGUUUUCGUAAAAUGACCGUCCGAACCGGCAAACCGCACUGAAUAAGAGCCCUAGGGCUGGAGAGGCGAGAGUGACGAGAGAUUGGAAACCAGAGAAGUGGUGAUUGGGAUUGGGGCAAAUUACAGUUCGAUUGCUCCGCGAUAGUUGUUCUUCCUCGAUCAGGUUACUGGUCCUGACAGUACUCGACAAUGCCUCGGUAUUAUUGCGAUUACUGCGACACCUAUUUGACGCAUGAUUCUCCUUCUGUUAGAAAGCAGCACAAUGCAGGGUACAAGCACAAGGCAAAUAUCCGAUCUUACUAUCAGCAAUUUGAGGCACAACAAAAUCAAAUUUUGUUAGACCAAAAGAUCAAGGAACAUCUUGGGCAGACAGCUACAUACCAGCAAGUUGGUGUUGCUUUCAACCCAAUGAGACCCCCUAUGCCUGUUCUUCCUACUCCAUCAAUGCCAAUGGCAGGGAACCCCAACAUGAAUUCACCAUUAAUUCCUGGAGUUAGACCACCAAUCUUGCCUAGACCAAUUCAUGGUUACAUGCCUGCUCCAGGUAUGUCGCCAAUGAUUAUGCCACCGGGUGCUGCUCCCUUUCCUCUUCAGGUUAAUAGCCUCCCAAGGCCACCAACAAUGACUUCAGGACCAGCUGCAGUUCCAGGGCCCCCCAUGGCUAAUUCUAGUAGUUCUACCCCUGCUAUGUAUCAGGCUAAUUCAGCCCCAACUACUAGUGGAGGUUUUGACAGUUCAACAUGAGUGCUCAAGCUCCUGAGGCCAACCAUUAGUCCAGUCAACCUUGUGUAGGUUUUGCCGUUAGAUCUUGUAAAACCGUGCAACUAUAGCACUAUUGACAUUUGUGGAACGUGAAUAACUGUUUUGAUGUUUGCCGUUAGUAUUUUUGUCAAGGUUAUGCUUACAAUCAGUAUUUAAUGUUACUGUUUUAUCA